AUGCCCUUAGACGUAUUACAUGAGAUAUUUGGCCAUCUACCGCCCGCGGAUCUCGUCUCCCUCACUCGUGUCGCAAAAGGGUUUCGCCAUGUGCUCCUUACCCGACAAGCCCGUUGCCUCUGGCGAGGAUCGUUUGACUUCGUGCCGGAUGCUCCUGCAUGUCCCGACGAUAUCUCAGAGCCCGUCUGGGCCAACCUGCUCUUCGGUGGCGCGUAUUGCCAUAGUUGUCUCACGAAGAAUGUGCGGAGAAUAGACUUUGCGCUGAUGCGUAGAGUCUGUAACAAAUGCCUCGAAGAGUCGCUCGUGUCCGAGUAUACUAUCCUGGAGACGGUGCCGGAUUAUCCGCUUGGCUUAUUGGACUGCAUACCGUGGACCAACGGGCAUCCUAAAGCCAACAAGUUUCACGAAGACGAGGUCUGGUGGUGGGCUGCCGACUGCGAUGACAUUCAUGACGCUUUGCUGAAGCUCAAUAUCCCUCAUCAUCUCUCGCAAGAGGACGUGGAUCGCACGGUCAUCGCAUUCAUGGAGCCGUUACGUGCCAACAUACAGCAGAGGAUGCUUAUGUUGCCGACUUACAAGGCGUGGUACGAUGACUGUGCGGCUGCUAGAUCUGCAACCGUAGCAUCGCUUCGCGCUCAACGUCAGGAAGACAUCAUAGCGAGAGUGAUAUCUCUUGGGUUUACUGCUGCUGAUGUCGAGUCCAUCAAUCACCACCCUGAAUUUCAAGCCGAACGUCGUGUCAGUGACCAAGUUUGGAAGCGGCUCGGACCAAUACUCCUCCCUCUUCUCCAGGAAGCCAGAAUUGAUCGACUUGAGGCUGAAGCUACCGCUCGCAUGGAAAAGCGCGGCUCGCUACUCCUCCCUGCAUACCUCGAAUAUGCCAAAUCACUCCCUCAGCGCCACGACACCGUUCCACUCCUGCCCAGUCUUCAUUUGCUUAUUCAACAUCCGCUGAUUCACGCCAUCAUCCUCGAGGACCGACCGAUAUCAGAUGCGCUUGCGCGAGAGCUCGCCGACGUCUUUCCUGAACUUAUCCCUUCUAUUCAGGCGACGGUGGUCCAGACUAAAGAAGAGCUCUUUCACAUCAUGACACGAAGUUGCUAUACGGAGCGCACUCAUGCUGUUUUGGACGACCUACGGCUAGCCACGUCGGCCUUCUCCUUCACGGAGUUUUCUUUCGAUGACGACGAGAACUACAUAUCGAAGGAGGUGAUUCACUGUGGCUGGGAGGCGGUCGGUGCUGCCUGCGCGUCGAGUUCUGCAUCUAUUGCCUUUUCGGAUGUUGGAUCUGGAGUUGUCGAAAAGCUACUCUACCAGUUCUUUGGAUCGAAUGGACCAUCCGUUGUGACCGCGAAGGAUCUGGACGCGCAAGAUCUCCUUUUUCUCUGCAGUUCUUGUACUGUCUCUACAGAUGAUCCCAAUGAUCUUCCUGGCCAUUGGACCUAUACCUGGCGCGCACUGGUUCAACAUUGCGUCAACGAUCACUGUUUCACUCGCUACAGCACCCUGCCGACUGUCCAACUCCUGACCGAUGAAUUGAGCCAACAAUUUCACUCAAGCGAUGGCGCAGACCAUGAAGAUCCUGCGUGGGGGUGCAUUCACUGCCCAUGGCAUCUUGAGAAAGCUCGGUCAUUGGAGACCGGAUGGCCUACAUGGAGUGAGAUCUGCGAGCACCUCUCCACUGCGCACGGUAUCACCAGUCCCAGGACGCACACCGACACUUUCUAUAAUUCCCGCUAUCCCCGUCGGAACUUCCCCGAUUGCAUCGUCACCAUCCCAGAGCAAACGCCCGCCUAA